AUGUUCAGCCUCCGGGUUUUCCUAGAAAAAAUCCUGAUCCUCGUGCAUGUCACUGCAUCUGUUGUCAUCGGCAAAACGCUGAUGAUACUGUUCCCCAACGCCAUGAAAAGACACAUCCUGAAACUGGGUGAAAAGAGCAGAAUGAAUCAGAAUCCAAAGUUCAGCUACGAAAACUGGGGUCCGACUUUUUUCAGCUUCAAGUAUUUGCUCUUUGUGCUGAAGGUGAAGUGGAAGAGGCUGGAGGAUGAAGCCCACGAGGGACAUCCUGCUCCCAACACGCCGGUGGUGACUUCCGAUGGGGAUGUCCGUCAUCUCUUUGACUUCAUGCAAGAUAACCGACCUUUAAUCCUGAAUUUUGGAAGCUGCACCUGACCUUCGUUUAUGUUAAAAUUUGAUGAGUUCAACAAGCUCGUCAAAGAUUUCAGCUCGAUAGCAGAUUUCCUUAUCAUCUACAUCGAAGAAGCUCAUGCAGCAGAUGGAUGGGCUUUUAAAAACAAUAUCGUUAUUAAAAAUCACAGAAGCCUUGAAGAUCGAAAAAUCGCAGCACAAUUUCUUCAGAAAAAUAAUCCUUUAUGUCCAGUGGUUUUAGACACCAUGGAAAACCUGAGCAGUUCAAAAUACGCUGCUUUGCCAGAACGACUCUAUCUACUUCAAGGAGGGAAGGUUGUCUACAAGGGAGGAGCGGGGCCUUGGAAUUAUCACCCCCAGGAAAUACGCGCCAUCCUGGAAAAACUGAAGUAG